AUGGUGCUAGGGCCCGCAAACUGCCGCCGGAGCGCGCGCUGCGAAAGGAAGUGCUUCUCCGAUGACCAAUCAGCGGCGAGAAGCCGUUUUAACGUCCCUCCCUCUUCCAGCCCUCCUUCUCCGCUCCCUGGUUCCUACCCCCUCCUGCCCCCUACGGCUCCCUGCGGUUCGGCCCUUCCAGGACACCGUCGCCCGCGCUCGCUUUCGGCUCGGAGUCCGGCCGUGACCUUUCUUGGCGGUAUGGCCAGCUCAGAGGCUGAAUGGGUACAAAUUGCCAAUAACCUUCUUUUUAAAUGUCACAUACACCUGAGGAUACAUCAACUUGAAGACUGUGAUGCUAAUGUUUUUGUUGCACUUUAUCAAUCCAUUUUGGGAGAAAAGGUACCAGACCUCAUAGCUAUUUCCAGGAGUCAAGAAGAUGAUGCUCACAAUGUACAAUCUGUGAUUGAUUCACUAGCUUUGGAUUACCUUCAGGUCAGCUUGUCUCACAUAACAGGAGAAAACAUAGUGAAAGGGGAUAAGGAAUCUAUCAAGAAUCUCCUAGAAAUAUUUGAUGGAUUGUUGGACUAUCUGACAGAACACAUCAGUGAAACGUCUCACAACAACAGUGAAACUGAACAGUACUUUAAGGACUCUCAUGGAGAGGAACCCGUGGAAGAGCUAGAAAGUAUCAAGGAGUCCAAGUCAUCCUGGAAAAAAGUUUCUUUUGGGAGGUGUUCCUUCUCAUCUGAUGCUUUGGGGCCCACCUGGGAUGAAGAUGGAGCAGAAUCCACAGGUGAAAUAAUUAGGCUUGGAGACACCGCACAUACCUUUUCCCUAAGAAGUCAUGGUGCUCAAAAUUUCAUGGACAUGGAGUCUAGCAAAGUUUCAGCUUCACCAGGCAGUAAACCACGUGAGGAAGUGUGGAACCCCAUCUCAUCGAGCUUUCUAUCCAAGAACGGAACAACUUUUGAGGCAGCAGAAACCUCUUCUGUGAGUAUGGUUACAAGUGCCAGGAAAUUAGGUGAGCCAAUCCGAGCUGCCAUUCCCUUACAUCCUCCCUACCAUCCUUCUGAGCCUCGAGCACCUUGUCCCAUAGGGAAGGAAUACCUCCGAUCAAGUCACUACUCGUCUGCCCUGACUUCUGGAGAGCAUUCAGCACUUUCUGUGGAACCAGACGAUAAAGUUGUCUUAACUUCUUCGUUAUCUAAAGAAGAUGAACAGGAAACAUGUCUCGCUCUGACUCAAAGCCCCAGGACGAGGAGGCUUCCUAAAGGGAAAAGAAAUGAAAACAGAGCUGUGGCCUCCUCAGAGUAUUCGCCUUUCCCUCAGAAGGCCAGGAAGCGGCUAACAGAGGAAGAACUGCAUGCGGUAUCACAGAAACUCUCCCAGCGGCUCUCUGAACUAGACUGGAUGUUAAAAAGUGCCCUGGGCAAUGGAGCAACAGACAAGACUGAUGGUGAUACUGGGGAUGAAGAGGUGCACGGUGAAAAUGAGGAGGUACUGUCGCAGCAUAGUGACAGCAUCAUGGAGUACGGACCCAAGAAGCCUAGGCCAGGAUUUUCCAUGUCCAGAAAGGCACCUUACAGAUCCCAUUCACUGUCACCAUCUUCAGUAAACAAACAUAGACAAUUAGAUAAAGAGAGCAAACAGCAGCACAAGUCUAAAGGAACAGAUACCCGACGAUUCCAAGCAAAGGCAUUAACUGAAGCAUUUGAACGGGAACUAAGAAAAAAUAAAGUUCAAGAGAACAUUGGACUGCGAGGGAUAAGUGACGAGGAGGAGGAGGAGGAAACAGAAAAAACACACAGAGAAGCCAUUCCUAAAGGAACUCCAAAACAGAGUCAGAUCCAGAAGAUUUACUCCCGAAAAACUGCAGCCCCAAGUCCAAAAGGUGGUUUCCUGAAGUCAAGCAAGGCAGCUCCAAUGAAAGUAAAUGAACACAGCCUUCUGCCCCUGAUGCUGGAACAGUUUCCAUUUCUCUAUGUUUCUGACCCAACACUGACCAGAAUGUGGAAGCAGCAAAUAGCACAGGUUGAAAAACUCAAAAGAGAAGCACAGAGAGAAAACCGAUCAAAGAAGAAACUCCAGGAUGAAAUAGAAGAAGCCCUGAGAAGGCAUGACCUCCUUACUGCCCUUGUCAAGAAAGAAUCUGAACAUAACAAGAGAUUGCAAGACUUCAAGGACCGAAUUCAUAGACAAAGGUUGACCCAAUCAAAGAUAAAAGAAAAUCGUCAGCAAAUUGUUCGUGCCCGAAAAUACUAUGAUGAUUACAGAGUUCAGUUACGUGCAAAGAUGAUGAGGAUGAGAACCCGGGAAGAAAUGAUCUUUAAGAAACUGUUUGAAGAAGGUUUGCAAAUUCAGAAGGAAAGACUUCGAGACCUAAGAAACUACGCCAAAGAGAAACGCAACGAAGAAAAGAGACAGCACAAGAAUGAACUGGACUCGAUGGAAAACUACUAUAAGGACCAGUUUUCAUUGCUGGCAGACGCCAUAUCACAGGAGCGUCAGGAACUUAAAGCAAGAGAGAAGUCUCAGGCUCAGACAUUACAUAAGGUGAAGCGGGAGCUGAGGGCUAAGAUGGAGAAGGAGAUCCAGCAACUGCAGUAUCUGAUAACCCAGAAUGACGACGAUGCUUUCUUCCGGGAACUAGAAGCAGAGCGCUUCAGAGCUCGGCUGCAGCUGGCUUCCUUCCAGUACAGUAAAAACCCUUCCCCAAGAGGCCAAAUGUCCUAGGUGAAGUUUCUAGAGACCUUAAUAGUAUGGGAGAGGUAGACCUGGGCCAUUAAAGUGCUAAACCAGAAUUGUUUUUUAAGUGCUUUAUCUAUGUAUUCAUGCCAGAACUUACCAUUUUUUAAAAUAAAAACUAUUUUUCUUAAAGCUUA